AUAAUUUUCUUAUAUUUUUUUAAAUACUAUUUAAGUAAGUUUUUAAUAUCUAAUUUGCAUAUAAAAGAAUAAAUUUCUUGCCUUUAGAAUAUAUAUAGAAUUUUAAUGAAUAGAUUUUUUAAAAUCCCUAUUUGUAGUCCCUCUUAUUCAUGUCAAUCGAUAAGUCAUGCAUUGGAAAACCAUGAACCACGCAUGAGUAUAAAGAUGGUUUAAACAAGUUUUUAGAUUUUGCUUUUGAGCAUCGAUCUCUGGCGGGUCAUCAGAUUAAAUGCCCUUGUCCGGUGUGUGGUUUUGGCAAGUGGCAAACAAGAGAGAAAAUUUUUGAACAUUUAAUAGUCAAGCCAUUUCCAGAAAACUACAAAGUUUGGUAUUGGCAUGGUGAAGAGGUAGUUGGAGUUGGGUCACAAGUUCAUCAAACUAGUCAUAUUGUACAAGAUGAUUCGACAUCUCAGCAUCCAAUGGUAACAAUGCUCAAUGACGCGUUUGGAGUUGCUGGACCUGACUUGAAUGAAGAUGGAGAUGGAGAUGAAGACAACAUAGAAGAUGGAGAUGGAGACAAUGCAGCAAAUGAAGAGCACAAUGGAGAAAAUGUUGAAUUUUACAAGUUGUUAGAAGAUGGCAAUGAACAAUUAUAUGAAGGGUGCACAAAGUAUUCAAAACUGUCUUUUUUAGUUAGUCUGUAUCACAUAAAGUGCUUAUAUAGAAUAAGCGACAAAGCCAUGACCGAAAUCCUCAAGUUAUUAAAAGAUGCUUUUGGAAAUGCAAAGAUUUCAAAUACAUUUUAUGAGGCCAAUAAAACCAUAAAUAAACUAGGGCUUAAUUAUACCAAGAUACCUGCUUGCCCUAAUGACUGCUUACCUCGAAUAAUCCUUACCCUUUGUCAUUUAAAAAUGUUGUUCCCUCCUUCUUUCUUUACAAUCAUGGUUCAUUUAACCUGUCAUCUAGUUGAUGAAGCAAAACUCAGAGGACCAGUACACUAUAGGUGGAUGUAUCCUAUUGAGAGGUAUUUAGGUCAUUUGAAGUCCUAUGUACGAAAAAAGCUAAAUCAGAAGGUUCUAUAGCUGAGGGAUACGUGGCUGAAGAAGCUCUUACAUUUUGCUCUCGAUACUUAGAAGGGAUUGAGACAAGAUUUAAUAGGCC